GCUGGCACAAAGGACUGCGAGCCUGAAGACAGGCCUGACUGCGGAAUCACCAAACUGCUUAAACGCUGCGUUUGGAGUUCAUUGGAAGGAAUUAAUUGGCGGUUGGGACUAAUUGGUGAUUUCCGCACUACUACACGCGUUUGAUGAGGCAACAGAGGAGAGCAGGCCCGCAGAUCUGCAGUUGCCUCUGAACUCGCCCUCCAUGCUUGAACUCCUCCAUGAGUUUGGCUUACAAAGCCGUGAAGAUUUGGGUAAAGACGCCCAGCAUGUGCGGUGGGGCGGCACAGGAGGGCAGGAACACCGCCCCGCUCCCCUCGGAGCAGCCGCCACGGCCGCGGCACCGCCUCAGCGGCGUGGUGCGGGGGCGGGGCCUCGCCUGGGUCUCCCGCCCAGCCGGCGUUUACGCCGUGCGUCUGACGUCACAGCGCACAGACGCCGCGAGAACGAGGGAGAAGGAGGAAGCAGCUUCUCCGCGCUCUCAGCCGCCAUUUUGUCUGUGCGCGCAGGGCGGACACGGAGCUCGCUCGCUUUCUGUUCCAGUUUUGUGCAUGUACCUGUUUGAACAAAGAAUUCCUGCACCUAACAUCCAGCAACAGAAGCUGUGGGAGAUGAGGCAUUCAAAGCAAUCUCAUUGCCCUGAGUGGGACGACAGGAGGAGCUGGGAUCAGAGGAAGCACAGCAGCAGCCGCAAGCGCAGAAAGAGGUCCCACAGCAGUGGCCAAGAGAGCAAGCACUAUAAACCCAGUCGCAUUUCAGAAAGUCAUUAUUUGGACGAUAGAGCCAUAAAUGAAAGAGACCAUCAUGACCGGAGAUAUGUUGAGGAGUACAGAAAUGACUUCUGUGAAGUGUAUGACCACAGGCAUUAUCACAGAGACUAUGAAAAGAGUCACCAUCAUCACUAUAGCAAAUCCUCUGGUCGGAGCAGGAAAAGUAGUCAUAAAAGGAAGCAUAAGAGACAUCAUUGCUCCAGUCACCAAUCGCAUUCGAAGAGUCACCGAAGGAAAAGAUCCAGGAGUGUAGAGGAUGAUGAGGAGGGUCACCUGAUCUGUGAAAGUGGAGACGUUCUAAGAGCAAGAUAUGAAAUUGUUGCGACUUUAGGAGAAGGAGCUUUUGGAAAAGUAGUGGAGUGCAUAGAUCAUGAUAUGAGAGGAAUGCAUGUAGCAGUUAAAAUAGUGAAAAAUGUUGGUCGAUACCGGGAGGCAGCCCGUUCAGAAAUACAGGUGUUGGAACACUUGAACAACAUGGAUCCAAGCAGCAAUUUCCGCUGUGUCCAGAUGCUGGAGUGGUUUGAUCACCAUGGCCAUGUCUGUAUUGUUUUUGAGCUACUGGGACUCAGUACUUAUGACUUUAUUAAGGAAAACAGCUUUCUGCCUUUUCAUAUUAAUGACAUUAGAAACAUGGCCUAUCAAAUUUGUCAGUCUAUAAACUUUCUACACCAUAAUAAACUAACUCACACAGAUUUAAAGCCUGAAAAUAUCUUGUUUGUGGAGUCUGAUUACAUAGUGAAGUACAAUGCCAAAAUGAAACGAGAUGAGCGCACUUUAAAAAACACAGACAUCAAAGUUGUUGAUUUUGGAAGUGCGACUUUUGAUGAUGAGCAUCAUAGCACAUUAGUGUCUACGAGACAUUAUAGAGCUCCUGAGGUUAUUUUAGCAUUGGGAUGGUCUCAGCCCUGUGAUGUGUGGAGUAUUGGUUGUAUUCUGAUUGAAUAUUACCUGGGAUUUACAGUGUUUCAGACUCAUGAUAGUAAAGAACACCUGGCUAUGAUGGAAAGAAUACUGGGGCCUCUGCCCACUCACAUGAUCAAGAAAUCCAGAAAACAUUAUUUUCACCAUGACCAGUUGGACUGGGAUGAGCACAGCUCUGCAGGCCGGUACGUCAGGAGACGCUGUAAGCCUCUGAAGGAAUUCAUGCAUUGCCAAGACACAGAUCAUCAAAGUCUGUUUGACCUUGUUCGCAGAAUGCUGGAAUAUGACCCAGCCAAAAGAAUUACUCUUGAUGAAGCCUUGCAGCAUCCUUUUUUUGAUCCAUUAAAUAAAUAAAUUCAAUGAUCUUCUAUGCUUCUUCAAGGAGAUUUCCUAGACUGUGUCAGUCAGUCAGCAGAGGUUGCAUGAAACUUUUGUAAGCUUUAAAUUAUUUUGUACAGUUAAGUCUGUAAAUAAUUACAUAUGUUUUGUAUAACUGUUAUGUUUACCUUGUUGAGCAGUUGUAGUCUUAUGGGUAUCAAAGUGAAAAAUAAAAGUAAUUUUCAUUUUUGAAA